UUAUCUGCAGGUUCAUUUGAAAGAUGCGUCUACAUCAAGUACCACUACUCAUCUGCUGCCAUACCCAAAAAUCUGUCCUACAACAUCACCAAGACAAUACGACAGGAUGAAUGGCACUCCCUACACCUGAGGCGAAUGACUGCUGGUUUUAUGGGCAUGGCCGUGGCUAUCAUUUUGUUUGGCUGGAUUAUUGGAUUGCUCGGCUGUUGCUGGGAAAGAGGUCUCAUGCAGUAUGUGGCUGGCCUCCUUUUCCUCAUGGGAGGAACCUUCUGCAUUAUCUCCCUCUGUACCUGCGUGGCUGGCAUUAACUUUGAGCUCUCCCGUUACCCACGCUACUUGUAUGGCCUUCCUGAUGACAUCGGCCAUGGCUAUGGGUGGUCAAUGUUCUGCGCCUGGGGGGGGCUUGGCCUCACCCUUAUCGCGGGAUUCUUCUGCACCCUGGCUCCCUCGGUCCAGCCAAUACCCAGAUCCACCCACCCCAAAGCUCGGCAAGAGAACGGCACCGUCUGCUAAAGGUGGCGACUGUGGACAGACCGACUACAGUCAUAAAAAAUGGACAAACUGUCCGGCCAACUCAUCUAUCUACUCAUCUCUGUUCUGAUUUCAUAUUUUUAUAUUGUGUGUAUGUUUGAAUGGAUAUCUUGAUAAUCUGUUAUCUUGACCACACAAUAAAAAAAAGAACUUAGUAGAUAUUAUCUUAAAAAAUGAAAAAAUAUGAUUUGCUGUUUAAAAGCAAACUUUUGACAGUGGAUGGAAAGCAGAUUUUAGGAGAAAGUAAAGGAAUAAACCUUUGAAAGUUGCACGGUAACCCUAAACAUAAACGAUAAUCAUUUCCCAGGGAUUCCUUCUCUGCACCGGUGAGACAAAUAGCUGCAGAUCUCAAACCAAUCAGCAGCUAAAAAUGAAGGAAAGCAUUAAAUUGACCUCAGAUCCAUCUCAUACAAACUGGAUUUAACGGUUUCAGGGUUAUCAGCAUUGCUGUGACUGCCUUUGUGCUCCAUACAGUUAGAUGGCUAAGGAAGGUGAAGACAUGACUUCCACUGUUGCAAAUUAUUGUACAGAAUAUUCCAGACAUUUUUAUUAUGGAUUGCUUUUAAUCUGAAUAGGUACAUCCCAUUCUAGACAGUGAUCCUGUUAAAUAUUUUGUACAUUAGGUUUUUAUUUCAGUUUCAUGGAAUCCCCCAUGUGGUGAACAGAUGGUUUACUUUCAGAGCAAUGCUCCUCUGCUUUUCAAACCUAUGUGCUACGGCAAGGUUGUUACAGAGAAUAAAGCUUUGCUGUCUCUUUAGGAAAACUAUUUUCAUUAAUAAAUGCAUACAGAAAUCAGGUAAGUGUAACCCCCCCAACACUAACAUAUUCGUUAUUGCUGUAUUGUUUUUUUUUUUUUUGCUGUCCUUAGAGUGAAAAUCUUCUAUCUUCCAAGCAAAAUGUAUUUUUUUCCUCAUGGUGUUGACUAUCAACUGUUAACUUGUCUGCUUUUCUUUUACCUAUGAGGGAAGUAUUCCAUAUAUAAUGUCAGCACACUUUUAGAGCUGUUCUUUCAUUCCCAGCUAAUAUCACAGUCCAUAUUAUCAUAGACCCAGAAGAAAAAUGUUGCAUAUCUGUAAAACCUUCAACAGUCUUGUCCUCAUUGAUUACUUAACACCUUAGCGUGGACAGUAUUGUAAACAUUACGGGUCGGCAGGAGCUUGUCUUAAGACAGUAACUGGUUUAAUGUGUUCUGUAAUAAAGCUCAAACAAGCAGCAUCCUGUCUUUAAGAAAAACAAGACGUAGUAGGAGUAAUCGACCAUCUACUCUAGAAAACAGAGCCAUGAAUGGAAUCAUUGUUUUAUAAUAUUAAAUGCUUGAACCAUACUUGUGAAAAAGACAAGUGUUGAAGUUCUCAUUUAAGGUUUACAUGUUUAAUUAAUAAAUGGAAGUAAGCAUUUGAAAACCCUUUGGGCCUGAUCCUUAAAGAACCUGAAAAAGGAGCGCUAAAUUGCACAUGCCAAAAAAGUUUUAAAAAAUGAAUCCACUGGACUUUGUUUCCAGGUUGGAAGACGUUUCUCUUUCCAUCCAGGAAGCUUUUUCAGUUCAAAUGUUAGAAAAAGUGUUGAGGCUUUAUAGAGUGGACAUACAAGGCCUGGUUUUUGCUUCGAAAACCAAAUGAAACAAUUAAAACGGAGGAACGGGCUAUCAUCGCAACCCCAACCCCUUUACAGGGGAACAGAAGACCUCCCCUAUUCAGCCAGACCAACAAUUUCCUUUAACAACCCCCCCUUUCAGAGACAUAGACAGGUAUGGGGCAUUUCAGGCUAAGAAAGAAGCUUAACAACCCCCAUUCAUUUCUAUUUGCUCUCUAAAUAAAAACACAGUUUUAUUGGGCUUCUGUAUAAAGCCUGAAACUCAACGCUUUUUCUGACAUUGGAAUUGAAUCUACGGUACUCUAAUGGCU